UUCCGGUCCUUUUCCUGCGCCGCCAUCUUACUUCCGGUUUCCACGGGGGUGGGUUGUGGCCUCAGUCCUGGGACAGCCUGGUAGGACAUCUACAGGUAGUCAGACGCCCGCCUUCUGCUGUGAUUGCAAGGUACUCCAUGUGCCUUAGAAAGCGAGGGAAAUGAACACAGUUGUGGGGUUGGUGACAUUUGAGGAUGUCUGUGUGGACUUCACCUGGGAUGAGUGGCAGGACCUGGAUGAUGCUCAGAGGAAGCUCUACAGGGACGUGAUGCUGGAGACCUACAGCAGCCUGGAGUCCUUGAACCAGUGUGAUGCCAAACCUGAGUUGAUCCUGAAGUUGGAGCAAGGAGCUGAGCCAUGGAAGGAAGAAGAUGUCCCAAACCAGAGCCUCCCAGCUGUGGAGAAUGUGAAGAGCCUGAACAACACCAGUUGGGACAAUCAAAAGAGAUAUUUGAACCACCUGGUAAUCACUGGCAACUCAUCAACUGAGGAGCGGGUCAAAUUUGGGAAAAUAUUUAAUAUGAGUUCAAACCAUGUUUUACGCCUGGCUAAUAAGAAUAGUAACUCUUCCAAAAUGAGAUCUGAGGUGCUUGAUAUAUGGGAAAGUGUGUAUCUCCCUGGUGAGCACAGUGAGAUGCAGCCUGUAGAGGAACUUGAUCAUACCACAACCAGGAUGUCAUGCGGACCUCCUGAGCCUUUUAGUCUGGAUCACAGUGUUGAAAGCGGGCAACAGCACUUUCAGUGUAGUCACCAUGAAGCCUUCAACGUGAACACUGUAUGGACACAUAAGGUGUUUCCUCUGGGAGAUAAUUUGAGUAAGUUAAAGGAAUGUAAGUUGACUCUUAGUGCCCAAGGGACUCACAUAAGGGAAGAAACUUUUGACUGCAGCUUCUGUAAGAAAUCAUUCUCUGACAAGUGUAAUCAUACUCAGCAUGUGAAAACACGCAUAAAGAGCAAAUGUGAUAAACAUUCUGAUUGUGAACCAACAUGUAAUACAAAACCAGGCCUUAUAAAUCUUCAGAGCACUCUGCAUGCGUGGGAAAAGCCCUGUGUGUGUAAUAACAAUGAGAAAUGUGUGUGCCGGACGCCAAAGCAGAGGGUUACUCAGAGUGUCUUCUCAAGUAAAGAGAGUCAUUGUGCGAAAAAAAUCAGUGUGCACCAGAGACCUCACGCAGGUAGAAAACCCCAUGAAUGCAAUACAUCUGCAAAAAUCAACAAGCAACCUCGUAGACGGCACAGAUGUGGGAGAACCUAUCAGUGCAAGGUAUGCGGGAAAGCCUUUAAACACACACAAAACCUCUACUUACACUACAGAACUCACACUGGUGAGAAGCCGUAUGAGUGUAAAGAGUGUAAGAAAUUGUUCAGUGUGAAGUCAAAUCUCAGUGUACAUCAGAAAACUCACACAGGAGAGAAACCCUAUGAGUGUAACAUAUGUGGAAAUGCCUUUAAAAGGAGGUGUGACCUAACUGUCCAUCAGAGAGUUCACACAGGGGAGAAGCCCUACGAGUGUAAAGAAUGCAGGAAAACCUUCAGUAUAAAGUCAGGGCUCAUUGUACAUCAGAGAAUUCACACAGGCGAGAAACCAUAUGAAUGUAAUGUAUGUGGAAAACGUUUUAACCAGAAGUCAAAUCUCUCUACACAUGAGAAAAUUCACACAGGUGAGAAACCCUUUGAAUGUAAAGAAUGUAGGAAAUCAUUUAGUGUCAAGUCGUAUCUCACCAUACAUCAAAAAACUCACUUGGGUGAGAAAGCUCAUGCAUGAAAUCUGGGGAAGCCUUCUGUCAGAAGACAAACCUCCACAGGCAGCAUAGAGCUUACCCAGGUGAGGAACCUACGAACAUAAAGAAUGUAGGCAAAGUUUAAGUCACUUGUCACCUUUCCCUGAACCUUGGGUGAAGAUUCCUGUAAAGGUUGCAGGGAAUCUGUCAGCCCUAAGUCAAAUUUCAUUAAUUAGUGGACCCAAAACAUAAGAGACCUACCAGUGUGGGGUGUGUUCAGAGACUUCUGCCAGAUGUCAGACUUUGGUUGUUAGAGAACUCUACAGGUAAGAAACCUUCUGGCUGUAAGAUCUGGAAAGAGUCAUUCUUCACAAGCCUGGAACAUUCAUACUGAUGAGGAACCCUGUGAAUGUAGCUAUGUGCAAGGUCUUUUAGUCAGUAAUCCCAUCGCUGAAUUUGAAUUCACACAGAUAAGAAGAUCUGUGAGUACAAAGAGUGUAGGAAAGCAUUUCAGACAUUUGUCAUCUCUCCAUGUAUCACAGAACUCAGAGUUGAGAGAUGCUUAUCAGUGCAAUCUAUAGAACGGUCACCUGCCAGAUGUUGAACCUACAUACACAGUAGAGAAACCUCACAGUUGAGAGGCCUUCUGAAUGCCAACAAAUGUACAGCAGAGUACUUGAAAACGGAAAGGGAAGGAGGUCUCGAUAGCAGGUACAACUCACUGCACAGCACACACACACAGCUGAGUGACUGUUUGAAUUCAGUGUACGUGGAGAAACCUGUCCCCAGAUUUCAGGUCUCGGCAACCAUUAGGUGAGGAGCCCUCUGAAUGUAAAUCAUCCUUCACUGCAAACCAAAGAAGACAAGUAGGAUAAGCCAUAUCAAUUUAAUAUGUGCAAAAACUUAGUUCUAUAAGAUAGACAUCUGCCUCCACUAGAGACCCACACAAACACAAAACCCUGCGAGUAUAAAAACUGAAAAAAAAACUGAAUUUAAAGAAUGUAAAAAGUAUCUCUUAUUUUUGGGGUAUGUGCAAGAACUGGCAUAGGUAACCAUGAUCCCACCAGGUAAGUAUAACAGACAUUUGUGUGCAUCAGAAAACCCUUCACUGCAGUGGAACCACAAGACUUACAAAUUCAAACACUCUGGAAAGCUUGCGGACUGGAAGUACAUGAAUGUAAUGUGUGUAGCCAACCUGUUUAUGGGAAGUUGACCUCCACAUUGGAGAAUUCAUCAGAGGGAAUGCUGUUAACCUGUGGGAAAGCAUAUCUAGAAUGGUUAUGGAUAUGGAAAAUGUCCUUGUGAGAAGUCCUGUAAGCAGAGUUCUCGUGUGCUAAGAUUUACCUUUUCUUUUGCUCUAAGAUUGGCAGCCUAUAUGUGUAGUGUUAUGAAGACAACAUGGCCAGAGCUCUGUAGGAACUUUAACAUUGGUCAUGACUUUUCUUUCCCGCCUCAACCCCCAGUUCCUGCAAUGUAUUAUCCAUGGAUUUGUGCUCAUGGCCUAAAAGCAGAUAUGAUUGUCUUUGGAGAGAAGGAGGGAUAGAGAAUGACACUGAUUUAUAGACAUGCUUUAUUAGAGAGGGCAGAGGCUUUAUGUGUGUUUAUAAAUCUCUUCUUUGUAUAAGUGAUAUAACCUUUUUGAAAGAUAAUGCAAAAUCAUUGGGCCCCGUUUUAAAAGUAUUUCAGACAGGGGGCCUUUCAUGCUAGAAAAUUCACCCAACAGAGGGCCCUUCUUGUCACCUUUGUAUUUUCAAGCCAUUUUGUGGAGAAAAAGAAACAUGAAAUUUCAAUAAAUUCUCAAUGCCUUACCUGGCAGCAGCAUUUCAUUUAUGAGAUACUAAAGUAUGUUUCAUAUGUGAAACAUAUGUAUAUCCAUAAAACAUUAAAAUUCAUGUAUAUCAGAAGUCAUUCAUAAAAAUUGUCAGUUUCUUUUUUUUUUUUUUUUUUUUUGGUUUUUCGAGACAGGGUUUCUCUGUGGCUUUAGAGGCUGUCCUGGAACUCGCUUGGUAGUCCAGGCUGGUCUCAAACUCACAGAGAUCCACCUGCCUCUGCCUCCCGAGUGCUGGGAUUAAAGGCGUGCGCCACCAACGCCCGGCCCAAAAAUUGUCAGUUUCUAAGAAGUGUUAUAGUAUUAAAAUUAUUUUUGAACUAGGUGUGGUGGCAUAUGUCUUAAAUUCCAGAUCCCAGAAGACAGAGCAGUCAGAUGCAUACGAGUUUGAGGCCAGCCUGAUCUACACAGAGUUUUCCAGGCCAGCAGGGCUACACAGUGAAACCCUAUCUUUAAAAAAAAAUUGUUGAAUAUGCCAGAUGAUAAAUAUUUAUGAUGGUACCUGAUGCAGUGGUUUGGUCUACAUUUGAGAGCAUUUGUGUUUGUCACACCAAAGUUUGAGAGAUGCAGCUGACACUAGUGGGUAUCAGGGAUGCAUUUGAACUCCCUGAGGACUCUGUUGUCAUUUUCCUGAGGAGGCAUGAACAGAGAUAUGUACUCAGCCCAGAUAGGGCACUGACAACAGACCAAAUGAACAUUUCUGUCAAACUCCAAUCUGGUGAAUCCAGUGAGUUUGUUGAGGUUACAGGAGUAUGGGUGAGAGGUUGCCUAACAGGAACAGGAAUGAUUCCACAGCUGCAUCACUGAAAAGCCCACCCCAAUGGGGAUGACUUGUGAAAACUGAAACGCUUUCAGGAAACAAAGUAGGCCACAUAUAUAUAUCAGGUGAGAGAGUCUCCUCCCUCCCCAGCAGCCCUUUCUGUUUUUAUAAACUUGGAAAAGGAAUGGGCCUUGUGCAUCUUACACAUUUUGGAGGGCUUCAAAGUCUUUAGGGGUAUAUAUACAUAUCCUAGUCAUAAUGAGCCUUCCUCCAGGGUAGGAAUGUUUUAAUUCAGAAGGUACUGAUACACAUUAGGCACAAUAUCCUGACAUAUGUAAGGUUUGUGUGUGUGAUUUUAUCACAUUAGCAGAUGUUCACUGUAUGCAGGAACAUGCAGGAAAUACACUUAUUGUAAUGUCUAUUGUGAUUUCAUUAGAGUUGUCUACGUUAAAUACUAUCCUAGCCUGUUUACAUCUUGUAAGCUUCUAGUUUGUAUUUUCUUAUAACAUAUAAGUGUAUAUGGUGAGUGUCACCAACUAUCUGCCAAGUAUUGACAUUUGUGUUUUUCUAAUAUGGUGAUGUCCUAGAGUGAGCCAGUGUUUCUAAGAGAGUAAGUAUCAGGGUAGAAAAACAUGAAUAAAGAUAUUUUUCACAGCUA